AUGAGUCGAAAUAACAACAAUAGUAAUAUAAGUCGAAAUAAUAUUAGUAAUAGUAAUAAUAAUAUGAGUCGAAAUAAUCAUAAAAGAAAUAUGAGUCGAAAUAAUAAUAUAAGUCGUUCUUCUUCUCCUCUUUUACCUGGUGGUUUAGUAAUAGUAGAAAGAAAACCAAAUUUUGGAAGUAAUAAUAGAAGAAAUAAUAAUAUAUCAUCAUUAUUAUCAACUAUUUAUAACGAACGUAUAGAAAAAACCACGAGUUUUGAUUAUGAAGAUUUAUCAUUAUUACGUAAAGAAAUUGAAGCAGUAAAAGAUAGUUUAUCCUGGUUACAAAAAGAUCAUAAAAAAAUGUUAGAUGAAAAGAAACAACUUGAAGAUCAAUAUUUCGAAGUGAAAGAUGAAGUUAAAAAAACUUUGGAAACGAAUGAAGAUGAAUUAAAAGAAUUAUUAAAUGCGGAAUUACCAUCACCUAUAAUAAUACCUGAUAUUACAUCAAAUACUUCAUUAACAACACCAAUAAUACCCGACACCAUAACACAAAUAGCGCAAAUAACAUCAGAUUUUAUUACAGAAUUACCAGAAGAAUAUGAAUCAAUAAUGAAAAACUGUGUUUAUCAAGCCAAAGAAUUAACUUUAAUACAAACUCAAUUAGAAAAGAGUAAAGAAGAUUUUAAGAUAUUAUUAAGUGCUAGAGAUGAAAUCGAACGAGCACUUGAAUUACAAGAAAGGAAAUAUUUAGAAAGAAUAAGAGAAUCUCAUCAAAGACAACAAUCAAGUAUAAGUUCAUUACUUAAUGCUGGACUUUAUAGUGGAUGUAAACGACAACAACCAAAACAAGAAUUAUCUAAACUUCUUAUUAAUACCAAUGUCGCCACCUCUAACGCAUCAUCUUCCACUUCUUGGUCAAAGAUUAAAACUUCAUCUGAUGACGAAAGUGUUGUUUCAACUUCUGAAUUGAUACCGGCGCAUUGUUUAUCGCCACCUCAUGCUAGAAAUAAAUCUUGCACAAAUCCAAUAUCAUUAUUAACAGAUGAAGAAAUAAUUCGUCAUCAAAGGCGAUACAGUCUUGCAGAUCGAUGGGUAGAAGAUGAUGAAGUAUCAACAUGUCAACAAGCUGGAUGUAGUGUUAGAUUCAAUUUUUGGAAACGACGACAUCAUUGUAGAAGAUGUGGAAAUAUAUUUUGUCAUGAACACAGUUCAGAGUCGAUGUUAUUAUUUUCAGAUACUAAUGAUGAUAUGAGUGGUGUAUGGUCAAGAGUUUGUGAAGGAUGUUUUAAAGAUAACUAA